AUGACCGUGGCUGCCACAAAUGUUAUAAAUGUUCCUGAGAGCGAGUCUAAUGAAAAAUUAAAAACUGUGAAAUGGUGGUUAAGGUAUUGCAAAAUUAUAGCAGCGGAAUUUGUUGCAACAACAUUAUUAUUAUUUUUGGGAUGCAUGACUUGCGUGCCGAUAGACGGCUUGACGGAUCAACCUCCGAUGUAUAGUGCGGUUGGUUUUGGUGUUGUUGUAUUAUUUCUUAUUACUUCAUUCGGGCAUCUUUCUGGAGCGCAUAUGAAUCCGUCAGUAACAUUAUCUGCAGUAAUAUGGGGCAGUAUGUCUAUUCCUUUGGGAAUAGCGUAUUUUAUUACUCAGGUAGCUGCUUCUAUAGCCGGUUAUGGUUUGCUGUAUUUGGUUUCGCCAAUAGACUUAGUCCCAGAUAGCGUCUGCGCAACAGUUCCACAUCCUAACCAUAUGGCGUAUCAAGCACUGAUUAUUGAAAUAUUUUUAUCCACUGCGCUAGGAUUUAUUAACUGCGCUGUAUGGGACCCAGUAAAUAAAGAAAAACAAGACGCUAUUCCUUUGAAAUUCGGUUUUACCAUAGUUGCCUUAUCACUCGCCGGAGGUCCAUUAACUGGAGCGAGUAUGAAUCCAACGAGAUCAUUAGCACCAGCCGUUUGGACUGGUAACUGGAAUGCACAUUGGGUUUACUGGGUUGGUCCAAUCAUCGGUGGCGCGUUGGCGCCAAUAAUGUAUAAAUUCUUGUGGUUAGAAGAUAAUUACAAGAAAAAUCAAACUGAGUAAAACGGAAACCGAGGAUUUUGAAUAUUUUGCUAAGUAACAUACUAAUACUCAUACUAUGUAAAUGAGGCCGAAUUUGUUUUAAACGUUUAAUAUAAUUAUUACUU